AUGGGCGCUGGUGCUUCAGCUGCGAGAUAUAGCUUGCAGACUGCCGAUGACGCAGAGCUGUUGAGCGUUUUGCAGGACAUCUCGAGAGAUGCGCGUGAAGAGGAUCUGAGAGAAGCACGAGAAGCACUACUCAAAGUGCUGGAGCACAGAGAGGAGAGAGAUGCUCAGGAAGAAACUGAACAACCACUCGCGCAUGACCCAAAGUCAACAGCUACGGGCUCUUCAGGCCCUUUCCGCUUAGAUCUGGACCUGGACCGAGUCAAGGAGAAGCCUGCUCACGAAGAGACUGCUCAACAACCUGCGACAGCGGGCUCAAAGGGCAGUGGAGUCAAGGAUCCCUUCCAUUUGUGCAUCACUCUCCAGGACAAGCCAGCCAUCCUGGGAAACACAGGCGACAUUACCUACCAUGGCCACAUCGAGGAAGAAGCCAAGGAUUGUUUCGUGUCAUUCCCAGGGAAGUAUGCGGCUGGCUGGGAUGCUUUGGUGAAAGAGAAGCACAACUGCAGUGUAGCAUGUGUUUUCUUAUGCACGGUGCACGAUGGCCUGGGCAAACAUCACAGAAAAGAGCCAGGGGGCCCCUGCCUGUGCCCCCAGAUUUACGGAGAAAGGGACUUCAAGACCUUUGGGUACUUGAAGGUCCUGCCUGGACGGUGCUCUCCGGAUGAGGAGGAGCGUGAGCGAGCAAAGGCAAAAGCCACAGGUGUGGUGGUAGUACGUGCCGAUGCCAGUGAAGAUGCUCGAAAAGAAGCCGAGGCAGAUGCGUACAAAGCAUGGGAGGAGAGCGGAAAGAUCGCAGCGUGGGGCUGCUUCUGGUUCGAGGUCUGGAAAAAUCGAGUUGCCCAGGCUGUGAAGCUGGGCCAACGUCUCAAAGUGGUCUUCUUCCCUGGACAAGUUGGUAUGGGCAAGGAGCAGUUUGAGGACUUGCCUCAUGUGAACCUCUGGGACGGCAAAGGGUGCGGAGGAAGCCAGAAGUCUGAGAUUGCAUACCUGGACUUGAUGAAGAAAGAAGAAGGAUGCAAAGACAUCUGGGACUACGAUGAGGUUGAUGUCAGCGACUUCUUGGAGAAUGCAUUCAAUCUAGAACAGAAAGUCGAUGCCUGGGACGGGACUCAGUGGAUGCCUGGCACUUUGAUCGGGGUGCCCUCCACCAUUCCGGCCAAAUCUGAGGAAGCUCGCUGGACUGUUCAAUUGCACGCAACUGGGCAGAGAAUUGAAACUCAUCAUGUCCGUCACGCAGCCCUGCUCACAGACAUGCUCGCAGACAUUGGGCGCACCAAGUUCCUUCAGGUCGUGACAGAUCAGCUACCUGGUGCAGAAGUCAUGCAUAGUCAUGAGGGCAUUUUUCACGAAACGGGCACUCAUUUUCUAGCCAUCAGGCUGCGAAUGAGGAACGUUGCACUGCUACAGCAAGUCCGAGACCUCGUGCUGUCCAAGGCGGUGGAAGACAUGAUCAACCAAGAAGUCAUUAAACUGGCCUCAGGCCAGUACCAGAUCCAGGUUGACAUGUCCCACUUUUGCACUGAGUUUGAAAAAGACCUAGUCACUUUUUCCGACCUGACCGAUCACCAAAAGGAGAAGCUACAGGAUGUGGAAAAUGCGCUGCAGAACGGGGGCGUUCAUCUGUCUGCCCCAGCUGGAGCUGGCAAGACCUUCGUCGCGGUGCAAACCGCAUGGAAUAGACUCAACAGCUCUGCUGAAGGACAGGUGCUGUUUGUAGCCCCCUCUAUUUGCCUGGGGCUAUUCUUUGUUCGGUGGCUCAUGCAGAGAGGCGCGCAAGGAGGACAUCUCGACCUGUCAAUCUUGCGCCGAAUUGUCCUUAUGAAGCCUCCGUACGAUCAGUGUUUCAGCCUGCAUGCAGAUGGCCCAGAUGGCAAUCAUUUGCAGCAUACGCGAACAACAUCUUACAAGAUGCCGUUUCUCCUGGCAAUUGUAGAUGAAUCGCACGACAUCUUUAGGAGUGAUGUUGACCUUCGUGUGCUGGAGGAGACAUUCGCGGCAUCUCAACGCUUGAUCCUUUCAAGCCGAUCUCAGGCUUCCGUGGUUGAUCCGAGUUUCCCGUUGAUGCAAGAGGUGCAACUGACAGAAGUUGUACGUAGCACCCAGCGAAUUGUUGCCGGCGCCGCUGCAUUUCAGGGCUUGGCUGAAAAGGAAGAGAUCACCUCCUUAUGCCCACCCGGGCCUCCUCUAAAGAGCUUCCUCUUUGAGUGCGGUGAAGAGAGUGCUGAGCAGCUCAGUCGAUACGUGGAUUGCACCGUCGCUUCGGUGUGGCAUGUGGUGCGCACGUACGCUGGGCUGAGCCUGCACAAUCGGCUAGCGCUGCUAGUCCCUCACGAUGCGUUUCUCAUCAAGUUCCGUCCGCUCAUAGAAACAGACCUGGCCGCUCGUUUUAAAGCACGGCAAUUCCACUUGAUGUCCUUUGAAGAGUCCUUGCGCGUGCUACCGACUGAGGGUACAACAACGACACAGGAGACAAUAGUUGUGGACACUGUCACAAACGCGAAAGGCUUGGAGCAGCUUUUCAUCAUCGCCAUCGGCUUAGACACAAAGGUCAGCCACCCCGCCAGCAACCUCAUCACUCGAGCGUUGCUCUACCAAGCCAUCACCCGUGCACAGCUCCAGGCGCUGGUGGUGAAUCACCUAGUGCGGGGCGGCUGGCUGGAGUUUUUGGGGCUCCUGAAGUUCCAGGAAGCGGUCUUUGAGGAGUCGGCCGCCCUGGCCGAGACCAGUGACGCGGCUGCCGAGAUCAUCAGGCCAGCGCCAGAAGCCGCGGGGUCGCCCACAGAGCUGCCCUCAGCUCCCGCAGCCACCCGCGAACCCGAGCCUCCGAAAGCGGAAGAUCGAGCAGUUCCGGGCCAGCUGGAGGAACCGAAGCUGGAGGUGCAGGAGUCCUCCGUUUGGGACACGGCUGGCAAUGCCAUCAGCACCACGAUCCAAGCGCUGCGCUUCGACCCUCGGGCAGAUGCGUCUCCGAUAGAAGCCGGCGAAACGGUGAGAUCCCUGGAGGCCCUGGAGGCCGCGCCCAAGGGCUCCGUGGGAGCGAUCCACAUCGUUGACGCAAACAUUGGCGCCGAGGGCGGCAAGGCGGUGGCCCGAGCUUUCAAGGUGCAGCGCAACAUCACGAAGGUCACGUUGUGGGGCGCAGAGACCGGCGAUGAAGGCGCUGAGGCCAUCGCUGAGGCACUGAAGCUCAACAAAAGCAUCGUGACGAUCGACCUUGACAACAACGACUUCGGUGACCCAGGCGCCGAGGCGAUAGCUGACGCGCUGAAGGUCAACAAAAGUGUCAAGAAGAUCACCCUCGGUGGCAACGCAAUCGGAGACCAGGGUGCCCAGGCUAUCGCUGAGGCACUGAAGCUCAACAAAAGCAUCGUGACGAUCCGCCUUUUCGCCAACGCCAUCGGUGACCCAGGCGCCGAGGCGAUCGCUGAGAUGCUGAAGGCCAACGGAAGCCUCAAGGAUAUUUCCCUCUAUGGCAACGCGAUCGGAAUCGGAGACCAGGGCGCCGAGGCCAUCGCUGAGGCACUGAAGAUCAACAGAAGCCUCACGACGAUCAACCUUGACCGCAACGGCAUCGGUGUCCCGGGCGCCGAGGCGAUAGCUGACGCGCUGAAGGUCAACAAAAGUGUCAAGGAGAUCACCCUCAGUGGCAACGCAAUCGGAGACCAGGGUGCCCAGGCUAUCGCUGAGGCACUGAAGCUCAACAAAAGCAUCGUGACGAUCCGCCUUUUCGGCAACGCCAUCGGUGACCCAGGCGCCGAGGCCAUCGCUGAGGCACUGAAGAUCAACAGAAGCCUCACGACGAUCAACCUUGACCGCAACGGCAUCGGUGUCCCGGGCGCCGAGGCGAUCGCUGAGAUGCUGAAGGCCAACGGAAGCCUCAAGGAGAUUUUCCUUUUUAGGAACGCGAUCGGAGCCCAGGGCGCCGAGGCGAUCGCCAAGGCACUCAAGAGCAACAAAAGCGUUGCAAGGAUCGAUCUCAAUGGACACGAGAUCGGUUCGCAGGGCGCCGAGGCCCUCCGGAAGGUGGUUGCGGAGAAGAAAGCCCAAGGACUGGACCUGGAGAUCAACUUGAGCAGAGGUGCCUGGACCAGGUGA